UCUAAAAAAGAUUAGAUAGCACGUUCGCAAAGAGAAAAAUUGAAUUGUUUCUUCUUCUCCGUUUCUUCAGUUCAGCAACGAGUAUCGUCGUAUUUAAGAUGUCUGAAAUAAUGGAGAUCGAUUUGAGCCACCUGGAUGUAUUGGUCGGAGUCGACAUGACCGCUUGGAAGAGACCAGAAAGACUGUCCGAACCACGAAUUUGGCUGCGGGAGAAUGGCUUCGUUGUCAGAGAUGUUACGCCGGACUUUGAUCAUUUCGUCUUAAAACACAUGGAAACGCAUUUUUUAAGAGACGAACCAAUCAAUCAAGCGCUAGACACAGCAGGGGACCCUCUGGCUUCGGCUGAAAUGAGAGCAUUGUGGAGUUGCCUUAUGCUGCCGGUAAGGGUAUCCCUCGUCACCAUUCAGGAAGGAACGCCUGGCGCUAACUUAGAAAAAGUGAGUGCGGAAAACCCUCCAGUCAUUAUCGGUGUAAACCAAUUGUUUGUUACAAAAAAGGAUGACCCAGAAGUGCCUGAUUUCAACACAGUCUUAAAAAGUGAAAAAGUAAAACUCUGCAUUGGCACUUUCAUUGAAACUGGAGAAAUGGUCAACGUAUAUGAAAGGUACGGCGUGGACACUUAUAUUGACGGCGGCGGCAUGUGCGUGGACCCAGCGUGGCGUGGAAAAGGCAUCGGAAAUUUAUUGGUCAAAGCGCGGAACAUAUUGUGCAAAGAAAUGGGCAUUCCGCUGACCAAAACCGUGUUUUCGGCCAUCCAGUCCCAGAAGGUGGCUUUGAAAGGCGGCUUCGAGUUGCUUGGCGAGCGGAUCUAUGCAGAGAUGAAAGACGAAAAAGGGGAUCUUCUUUUUCCCAACAUGCAUCCGGACCAGAAAAAAAUCCAAGUAAUGGCUCGCUUAGUGGAUUAGCUUGUAAAAAAUGUGAACAAAAAGCAUUUUCAGCACUGACGUGUAUGCCAGGAUAAUAUUUUUGUAAUUAAAUUUCUUAUUUAAUUAAAUGCCUUCUAGUAAAUAGUAAAUUAUAAUAUCAUAUUACAAUUUAUUAUGUACACUGGUAAUAUGUACUUAAUAGGAAAGUCUUAUGAAAACUAUAGUUGACAAUUAUUGUGCAUUUGAUAUUUUAUGCAAAUGUGUAAUGAAAUAAAUGCAAUCAAUGAAAUCCUACCACCCCCUUUUGUAAUUUUCUUGUGUUUUGUUCUUCUUUUCCUUUUCUUAUGCAAGAGGACUUGCACGUAAAUCUGCCCAUUCAGCCAAAUAGAAAGCACUACAACGCGACGAAAGCAAAGCCAAUUAUCCAAUAAGCCGUCGCGUUCCUUUUAUUACUCAACUGCACUCCUACUAAAUUCACUCAAUCGCUGUUCUAAAUCUUUGGUAUUGACUUGCUUCCCUUAUAAAGGACGUCUAGACCAGUCGUCCUCAAACACGAGCCAGUGCCUGUUGUGCCGCAUGAUGGAGUCGGUAGAUUUGAGUCACUUGAGACCUUUGGAAGCGGCCGAGAGACCAAUUUGGCGCCGCUCGGACCUAACCCCAAAAAUUUGGCACCGGCAGGAUGGCCUUGUUGUCCGGGACGUCACACCGGACUUGGAUCCAUUUGUAAUUCAAUUUCUGGCACGUUUUUAUGUGAAAGACGAGCCUAUGAACCAGGCCCUGAAGGUGGCUGAAGAUCCACUGGCCAUUGGAGAGCAGUGCGCUAUUUGGAGCAAAUUCAUUCUCAAUCAGCGUGUGUCACUGGUCGUUUUGAAGGGCGACACUCCUGGCUCUGGUUUAGAAAAAGUUUCAGAAAACAAUCCUCCCGAAAUUAUUGGACUGAACCUUCUGUAUGUGACCAGUAAAAAAGAUCCUCCUCUGCCAGAUUUUGGUGGCACCUUAAAAAGCGAAAAAGUAAAAAUUUGCUUCACAGCCUUUUUCCGGACUGGAGCUCUGGCCGACGUAUUUGAAAAGUAUAAUGUAGAUCGCUAUCUGGACGGCUCAGGAAUGUAUGUCAUCCCUGACUGGCGUGGCAAAGGAGUCGGACGGAUGCUCCUCGAGGGAAGGAAAGAGCUGUGCAAAGCACUGAGCAUUCCUGCGACUAAGUCAGUUUUCACAUCUAAUCAGUGUCAGCAGGCCGCCCAAGAAUAUGGAUUUGAAUUGCUGGGAGAGCAAAACUACACCGAUUGUUUGCUUGAAAAUGGCCAGUUGUUUUUCCCUGACAUGGACCCUGGCCAGGAAAAGAUGCAGUUGUUGGGCAUGAAUUUCAACUGAAUAAGAUGUGGCUCUUAAAAAUGCAAAUAAAAUUUAA